CGCGUGAGAGUAAAAAGUGCUAUUUUCAAAAUGAAUGGAAACGGAAAGGCACGCAGCAGCAGUACACAGAAGAGGAUGAGUUGGGUGUUGGCCGAAAGAAAACAAGAAAACGCCAUCCGGUCCGCGGCAUCGACGGCUACAGAGCCAUGAGAUGCUGAGAUGAAAAUGAAGACGAUGAUGACGGUGAUGUGGAGGUACCACCGCUCAAUCGACGCUCACAUGAAGUCUAUCCUCCUCCUUCCCUCCCUUUCUUCUUCAAUCUCCCCAUCUCCACCGCCGACAACUUCCUUCCGAGCACUUUUCACGCUCUCAAACCCUAGCUCCGGCCUCAUCCUGCCGCCGCCGCCACGAUCGCUAAACCCUUGCUCUCCCCUUCUAUCUCUUGCCCAAACCCUAGACCUCCGCCGGACCAACUACUCCUUGGCCUUUCGUCCACUAUCCGGUUUCGUUGUCUCCAAAUGCGUUUCCUCUGUUUCGUCGGCGCACCAUGUGGAGUGGAAUGACGCCGUCUCGUGCUCGGAGGUUGGGGACGGUAACACUGGUGGUGUCACGGAGGAUGAGCCCAGGCCCUCCAUUCCUGUCAGGGCUUAUUUCUUCUCGACCAGUGUUGAUUUGAGAAGCUUGGUGGAACAGAACAAGCCCAACUUCAUUCCACCUACAUCCCGAAUGACCAAUUAUGUUGUGUUAAGGUUUGGCAAUGUCAAGUCUGAGCCCAAUGGUCUGGGUGCCAAUUUAAGCGGAAGUGACUGCUGUUACAUAGUAGUUUUCCAGUAUGGAUCAAUUGUCUUGUUUAAUGUUCGUGAUCAAGAAGUUGAUGGAUAUCUCAAAAUUGUACAAAAACAUGCUUCUGGGUUGCUCCCUGAGAUGAGAAAGGAUGAGUAUGAGGUGAGAGAGAAACCAACUUUGAACACAUGGAUGCAAGGUGGAUUAGAUUAUAUAAUGUUGCAGUACUUGAAUAUUGAUGGAAUCCGUACAAUUGGCAGUGUUCUUGGCCAAAGUAUUGCUCUUGAUUACUAUGUCCGCCAGGUUGAUGGAAUGGUUGGAGAAUUCACGGACAUUAACCGUGGGAUGGAGAAAACUGGAACUUUUACAAUGGAAAGGAAAAAGCUUUUUCAGUUGGUGGGAAAGGCAAAUUCUAAUCUUGCUGAUGUGAUUCUUAAGCUUGGACUUUUUGAGAGAUCAGACAUAGCCUGGAAAGAUGCCAAAUACGCCCAGAUUUGGGAAUAUCUCAGAGAUGAAUUUGAAUUAACGCAGAGAUUUGCGAGUCUUGAUUUUAAGUUGAAGUUUGUGGAGCACAACAUCCGCUUUCUUCAGGAGAUUCUUCAGAACAGGAAAUCGGAUUUUCUGGAAUGGCUGAUCAUAAUAUUGAUAGGCGCUGAAAUCCUAAUCUCCGUGUAUGAUAUAGCUCAUAAGUCUGCAAUGACAUCACUAUAGCCAGCCAUCGACUGUUGCAACCCACCCUGUCGACAAUGCUUACGUGUGGUGGUUUCAGGGUCUUUCGUGUAAGCGCCCCAAAGUCAUCUAUCUAUCAAUCGGUGAUUGAGGCCCUUUGUAUAUACUGGGGAUCAAUCCAUUUUGAUGGGGUGGCUAUGCAGCUCCUCUCUCUCUCUCGCGCCCGUUCCCCGGCGGGCCUUGAAAUUUUAUUGGUUUAUUAUUACAUGCUACAUACGCUAGUCUCUCUCCCUCUCUCCAACUUUCUUGUAUGUAGAGAACAGUAUAUUUUCGAUCCUGUAGGAAUAACGAAGACUAAACAUUUUCGUUUCUGUUUGAAGAUCGUAUUUGUAUAAAUGAUGAGGAACAAGCAGCAUUAGCUUCCACUGGUAUCCAACUAAUUAUGAAUCUACUCACCCAUUUUUAUCCA